ACUGAAUACUCUUAUAACAGUUCGUAAAAAAAGUUACAGUUACAAAUAACUUUUCUCGUUCAUCUUUAAGUAAUAGUGUUUCGGAUGUGCAAACAUUAUUCUUACACCAUCAGAACUAGCAUUAAACAUAGAUAUACUAAUACAAACUAUCAGUAUUUCUACAAGUAUAAGAACUUGAGCUCACCCUUUACCAUUAUUAUGCAUAGCAUCUAAUUGAUUUCUAUUAUGCCCAGGGAUCGUGAAAGAAGUACUUCCAGAGAUCGACGAAGUUCUUCAUAUAGCUCGGAGUCAUCUUACGAGCGCAAAAAGUCUAAAACUAAACAUAAAAGACGAUCGCGUUCGAAAGACCAUUUACUUAUAAAAAGUCAUAAGAGAAGACUAUCCAAUUCUAGGUCAAAACAUAGGAGACGGAGUUAUUCGAGAAGUGCGUCAAUAGAGCGGUAUGAAAGUAGGUCUAAACUGCGUUCAUCUUCACAUUCUCGAUCUAAGCGCUCUAAAUACUCCCGUGACCGUUCUCGGUCACGUUUGUCCUCUCGUGACCGAAAAUAUAAUAAAAAGAGUCACAAGUGGUCUCGGUCUAAGAGCAGGUCAAAUUCUUUCGAUAUAGAGCCUCCUCUACAAUUAGAUGAUACAGACACCAUAGUAGAAAAGUCUAUAAAGGCAGCAGAGGCAGCAGGCUUGACUAUGACUAAGAUUCCAACAUAUGAGUACAAAGAUGUGGCUGUGAAAGAAGAUAUGCCUACAAUACAUGAUCGUAACCUAUUAGAUGAACUAAAUAAUGAUUCAUUUGUACAAAAAUCUUUCUCAUCAACAAAAAGGAAAAGGCAAAAUAUUGUUAUAGAUCUAAAUGCAGAAACUGUUAAAGUGCCAGAAGCUGAUGUUAAAGUUAGAAAAGAUGAUUCAAUUAUCAAUUUUAGUGAAAUUCAAUGUCAAGAAGAUCUAAAAGAGAUGUGGAUUAAGAAAUUAUACCAAUACCGAAAAAAAAUGUUGAGAGGAGAGUUAUAAAUAACAAUAAGUUUUUCAGUUAGAGUGAUGUGAAUAUAUGAAUUUUGAAUAAAAAAAAGUGUAACCUAAAUUUAUUUUAAUAAUAAACAUAACAGACAAUUGCAACACACAA